UUGGAAUUGGAGAGUGGAAAUCCUCUGUUAUCUUCAUUUCUCUCUCAUAGUUUGAACUGUCUCAAAGUUCCCUGAAACCUUAAACAAAAAGCAAACACUGUCAUCAACAUUCUCUUUCCCUCUCUUCUUUUGUUGGGUCCCUCUUCUCCUUCUUCUCUUCCUUCAAAUCCCAAUUAUUAAAUCCCCCCUCUCCCCUUCUUCUUCACUCCAAAAUUCCCAAUUCCCCGUUUCUCCCUUUCUCUCUCCAACCAUGGCCUCUGCCUCCAACUUCUCCCUCCCUCCCCACUUUUUAUCCGACCACCAUAACCUCCCCACCGACUUCCCUUAUCACUUCAACUCCUCCCCUGUUCAUUCCCCCCUCGGAUCUGUUCUUGGCGAUGACGACAACGACGACGACGCCGACUUUCUUGCCGCGUUGACGCACCGCCUUACUCACACCACUCUUCGUGAUUCCAUGAAACCUGCUGCUGUCCACAAACCCCAAGCUAAGACGGCCAUGGCUAGUUCUCCUCAGUCUACUCUUAGUGGGUUUGGGAGUUGGUCGGCUUGGAGCUCGGUGUCGAGCGACGGAAGCCCAAACGGGCCGUCUCAGGCGCCGUCUCCUCCGACCACUCCUUUCGGCGGCGAUGAAGACACUUGGGAUCUUAUCUAUGCUGCUGCAGGGCAAGUUGCGAGACUCAAAAUGAACACUCAAAGAGAUGGGAUUAUUGGUCCUUCUCAAAGUUCUUCAAAGCUUGCUUCUUCCAUGAGAAACGCUGGAUUUUACUCCCACCCUUCACAGUUCGGCACAGAGCCUCCGAUUAAUAAACAGGAAAGCUGUUUAAACUGGGGGAGACAAGUGAAGGUUGAGAAUCAACAGAUCUAUUGCCGAGGGGGAGAUUUUCCCCAUGAACAUGGGAAUUUUGUUCGUGCUGUGGAUUUUCCUCAAUCCGCUUGGCCUUCUCUGCAUCCCCAUCACCGGAGAAACCCUUCUCAGCCUAGUACUCCCGCUGUAUCUGCCGCCUACCACGGCAGCGGAUCGGCCCCCAAAAAGGAGUGCACAGGUACUGGCGUCUUCUUGCCUCGCCGAUACGACAACAACCCACCACAAUCUCGCAAAAGAGCAGACUGUGGCUCGAUUACUCUGCUUCCAGGGAAGAACGUUCAAGACUUCAACCGAUCUGUUCCCCAGAUGACGUCAAAUCGCCGCCUUCCACCGUGCUACGAAGCUUUAAUGGCUCAAAGAAACGCCAUUUUCGCACAGCAGAGGCUGAGUUAUUCCCGGCCGGCAGAAAGAGGCCAAAGCCAUGAGUUUCUUCUUCCUCAGGAGUGGACAUACUAAAGCAAACAAAACUACUGGAAGUUGAAAAAAAAAGUGCUUUUUCAUUGGGAAGAUUGAAGUGUUCUUUCUUUUAGAAUAGGGAACAAUAAAGAUAUGAAUUAAGGGUUGUAACUUAAAGAUGGAAGAAGGAUUUGUUUGCAGGUUUGUAGUUACCAGUUAGGUCUCAUUAGAUGGAGAACAGAGUAAAAAUGCAGCGUUCAUUCAUCAGAAAGGGGGGAAACAGAGAAAAAGAGAGUAAUUUAUAGGAAAGUGGGGACUUGGGGACAGAGAGAUAUUGUAAUAAUUUUUGUGGGUUUCUUAAUUGAAACAUAUAGCUAUAGUAUGUAGCUAUAGAGACCCUUCUAAUAUAAAUAAACUAUUUGUUGAUUUA